AUGUGUCUGUCUUUAACUGCAGUCGGACGAAUUUUCUUGAAGCGCAGCAGGCUCACUAGGGCUCUCAAUGGAAAUAUCUCUGAAAGAAAAACAGUGAGGCGUCUACUUUAUCAUUCCCGGCAGUUUAUGCGGAUGAAACUUUCUAAGACAUAAGAGAAGAUGGCUCUGCGAGCUUGUGGGUUCAUAGUGUUUCGUCGCCUCGCCGGCCUCAACCCCCCUCCGGGGAAUAUCGAGUAUCUCCUCUUGCAGACUUCCUAUGGGCAGCACCACUGGACCCCACCCAAAGGUCACGUUGACCCAGGUGAGGAUGACCUCGCCACGGCUCUACGGGAGACCAAGGAGGAAGCAGGGUUGGGAGCCGAGCAUCUGAAGGUUAUAGACGGCUUCGUGCAGGAGCUGCGCUACGAGGUUCGCGGCAGACCCAAAGAGGUGCUGUACUGGCUGGCCGAGCUGAGAAACCCCGAGGCGGCGGUGACGCUGUCCGACGAGCACCAGGACUACCGCUGGGCCCAGCUGGAGGAGGCCUGCAGGCUGGCGGGCUACAAAGACCUGCAGGAGACACUGAGGGCCGCUCAGAGACACUUAGAGGCUCAGCGGGACUGAAACUGAGGAAAGAUCACUCAGAUAAAGUUGUUGUUGUUGUUGUUGUUUUUUUUAGGGUUUAUGUUAAGUACUCUUCUCUAUCUGUGUCUAUAAAUUCUGCGCUUCAAUCUACUGAGAAGUGGAAAAGAAAUGAGUAAAUAUAAAACGCAGUUUUCAAAUGAUGACUUCAUGCAUCUUUGAAAUAAACGAACAGCUGCUAUGUAACAAUCCAAGUGACCGGUAAUGAGUUUUAACGUUAACUUUUUCUUUCUUUUAAUAAUUGAAACUAUCAUCAAAAAUAUUUUUUUAUGUUUACUGUUACAAUCAUCUCUUAAUAACCUGGAACAAUAACUUAUACGACCUGGUCUGUAACGGGCAGCGACUUCUUAUGCUGCAUCUACGAAUCUGGGUUGCGUUGGAAACACGUUUAUCUGUAUGUGAUAGUAUACUUUAUGUACAAGUACUUAAUUGGUUUUAGUCACACGAAGGUCCUUAAAUAAAAACAUUUUAUUGAAAGAAGAAACUCAACACGGUCAGACCUUUAAGAGAAAAAGAAAUUGUCCAUAUUAUAACAACGCCUUAUGCAGUUCACGGUUAAUAUUCGAGGUGCCAAGGCUCUUCAUCCGACUCUAUUGUCCGCUGUAAAUAUUUGAUUGUACCACAAGGAGGAGACAAACACAACGCCACGAAGCUUAAAGAAUAUUUCAGCUUGUUGACAAUUAAAAAAUUAAUGUUGCACAGAAUAUAACCAUGCAGCUUCAUUACUAUGGACAUAUAACAUGCAAGAAAUAGUGGCCUUAUUGAAAACAAGUGUAUUUUUAU